AUGAACUCGGCCGACAAUUACAUCUUGCAGCAUCAGGAUGUGUACGAUCUUCAGAAGUAUGUAUGGUCCGGUGUAUUACUUCCCACCACAGAGGAGGAGUACCAAGCGCGGCUCAACAUCUCGGAUCGCACAGCGAGCAAGCUCUCAGAAGUCAUCAAGCCACUGGUUGAUGUGUAUGGCACCGCCCAAAAGCACUGUCAGUCGUUCUACGAAGACACGUUCAGGAACAAGUUGCCGAAGCUCACCGACGACGCUCUUGCCUAUGCUCAGGAUGCCGCUGGUGGCUCUUACGGACCGAUAUUCCAGGAUAUCAUUGACAUUGGGUCCGCGGCCACCCCGGAAGAAAUUCAACGCCUGCAAGACGACCUGACUGCCCGCCUCUCUGACCGAUACAUCGCUGCCGCGGACCUUCAGGUAGCAGCAUCAUCCUGCGCCGACGACCUCCGCAAUUUCGAACAGCAGACACGGGAAUAUCAGUCCAGACUAGCUCAGUGCAGUGUAUUGGUACACGACAAGACGGCUCAGGAACUCGACGACGUCGACAACCUGCAGAGAAAGGUGAAGGAAUGUCGGGAGGAGAUCAAGGCCGAUACGGCGGAGUACGAGCACGACAAGCUAGUGGCCUGCACGACCCCUUCCUACGCAUGGCUGGGCUUCAUCGGGCUCAUUGUGGCAUCUACUGUCGCUGGUGUGUACGGCAAGAAGGCAGCCGAUAUGGCGGCUCGCAUCGACGAGCUCAAGGACGAGUUAGCUCGCUACGAAGGCAAUCUCAAGGACGAAAGUUCCAUUAUAGCCGACUUGACAGCUAUCGAUGGAGACUUGAAGAGUCUGUUGGAUAUCAUUGGCCCAGCCAUAACCGUCGUCGAGAAAAUGGAAGGAGUGUGGCAGAGUUUCGCCCAGGACUUCUUUAAAAUGUUGGAGGAAGUCAAGACGGAUGUGGGCUCGGCGAACCCGAUCAUCGCCCAUAUGUACGAGAAGAAACUGGAGAGUAAAUGGUCCGACGUCGCGGGAGCGAUCAAGAAAUAUCAACAAGCCAUGGACGUCUCUCUGCCUAUAUCGGCCUAUGGGGCGAGCGUGAGCAUCGACGAGAUGUCACGGAAGCUUCAUGCGCAAGCGAACAAGUGAACAGUGUUGGAAGCAAGCUCAUGUGCAUUACGGUGUUGCUUCAUGUCGAUACACCAGAUCGCCGCCCGCGUACAGAGCCCUUCGGUGUUGAAAAAGCUUCUCAAAAAUGUCAAAAGUCUUUAUCACGC